AUGACUAAGUUAAUAUUGCUUAUGAUUAUAGCAACAGAAACAUAUGAUUAUAGGAAACAGAAGUAUUGUGAAAACUGAGCCAGGCAGAAAUGGCUGUGAACCAGAUGGGCAGAGGGACCCAGCAGAGAGCAGAAAAUCUCAUGCCUCAUCACAUUCCACCAGAAACUUCCAGAUGAGCCCACGGGAUAACCCUUCUACAACACUGCAGAGACACGGAGAGCACACACACUUGGGAAAGCCAGAAAGAGGCUUCCUGAAAUAUGGCUCAGAGUGACUUCCUCUACCCACAAAACCCAAGGAGGCGACAGGAAGUGAACCGCCUUCACCAGCAGCUCCUGGACUGCUUGUCUGACAGCUUCCAGGUCACCAACAAGCUCACAGGGGUUCUUAAUACCCACUUGGGGUGCAGGCUGGCCUUCAUUGAAAUGAAAAGCGAUGGAACUAUCAAGGAAAACUGUGACAUCAUUAUCCAAGCCAUGACAAAAAUCCAAAAGGAACUGCAAAAGGUUGACGAGGCACUGAAAGACCAACUAGAGCCAACCCUUUAUAGGAAGCUGCAGGAUAUUAAGGAGAGGGAGACGGAGAAGAUUGCCAUUGUGCAAAAGGUCAUUUCUGUCAUCCUGGGAGAAGCUACAUCUGCAGCCAGUGCAGUGGCUGUUAAACUGGUGGGCUCCAGGGUCACAACUGGCAUAAUUAGCAAGCUGGUCUUGCUAGCUCACAUCGGGACUUCUCUCCUUGGAAGCAUUGGCGUUGCCGUGCUCAGCCUCGGGAUGGAUAUGAUCAUUCAAGCCAUCUUGGGAGCAGUGGAGAGGACACAGCUUCAGGCAGCCAUCAAAAGUUAUGAGAAGCACCUGGAGGAGUUCAAGGCUGCCUCAGAAAAGUACCAUCAUGCUAUCACUGAGGUCACCACUGCUGUGAAGCGCCAGCUAAGAUGAACAGGCAGGUGUCUACACUGGGAUACUUUG